CUUCGACAGAGAGGCGGAGGAGAGAGAGGGAUUUCCCCGCCCCCACUCCACUCGGUCCAAUCCCUUCGGCUUCUCCUUUUCUCGGUCGGACCGCCCGGGCCCUAACCUGCUCGAACUCAUUAUGCGGUAGAGGCGGCCGGGUCUCUUUAAGGCCCUGCUGCGCCUGCGCCUUGGGCUUUCCUGACGCGGCCCGGCCGGACCCCGGAGGAGCCGGCGGGCUGGCAGGCUCGGGCUGGGCGGCGGCUGAGACAGCGGCGAUUCCCCGAGCGGCUGGCGAGGGUCGGGAGGCGUCCCUAAGCUCCGGAGUGAGCGUGGUGCGCCUGAGAACGCGGGAAGGGCGGCCCGCAGAGCCGGGAGCGGGGCCGAGGCGCUGAGACGCGGCGGCGCUGCUGCCGGCUGGAUGGGAAGUUAAUGUUUACGGCGAAGUCCACCCAACGUUUCCAAGGUGGCGACAGACAAGGUUGCAGAAAAGCUGAGUUCUACUCUCUCAUGGGUGAAGAACACAGUAUCGCAUACAGUCAGUCAGAUGGCCAGUCAGGUGGCAAGUCCAUCUGCUUCAUUACAUACCACGUCCUCAUCUACCACACUGUCAACACCAGCUCUUUCACCAUCUUCCCCAUCACAGUUGAGUCCAGAUGACUUAGAACUCCUGGCUAAACUGGAGGAACAAAAUAGAUUGUUAGAGACGGAUAGUAAGUCUUUAAGAUCUGUAAAUGGGUCAAGAAGAAACAGUGGCUCCUCUCUCGUAUCAAGUUCAUCAGCCUCUAGCAACCUCAGCCACCUUGAGGAAGAUUCCUGGAUUCUUUGGGGAAGAAUUGUUAACGAAUGGGAAGAUGUACGUAAAAAGAAGGAAAAGCAAGUUAAGGAACUUGUUCGUAAAGGAAUACCCCACCACUUUAGAGCAAUAGUUUGGCAACUUUUAUGCAGUGCACAAAGUAUGCCAAUUAAAGAUCAGUAUUCAGAACUCCUGAAAAUGACCUCACCUUGUGAAAAAUUGAUCCGAAGGGACAUUGCUAGAACUUAUCCUGAACACAAUUUUUUUAAGGAAAAAGAUAGCCUUGGACAGGAAGUUUUAUUUAAUGUAAUGAAGGCAUAUUCUUUAGUGGAUCGUGAGGUCGGUUACUGUCAAGGAAGUGCUUUUAUAGUUGGAUUGUUGCUUAUGCAGAUGCCAGAAGAAGAAGCCUUCUGUGUAUUUGUUAAAUUAAUGCAAGAUUAUAGACUUCGUGAACUUUUUAAACCAAGCAUGGCAGAAUUGGGCCUUUGUAUGUACCAGUUUGAAUGCAUGAUACAGGAGCAUCUUCCAGAGCUUUUUGUACAUUUUCAAUCUCAGAGUUUUCAUACCUCAAUGUAUGCAUCAUCCUGGUUUCUGACUAUCUUUCUUACAACUUUUCCACUACCAAUUGCAACAAGGAUAUUUGAUAUCUUUAUGUCUGAGGGUUUAGAAAUAGUGUUUCGAGUAGGAUUAGCACUUCUUCAAAUGAAUCAGGCAGAACUAAUGCAACUUGACAUGGAAGGGAUGUUACAGCACUUUCAGAAGGUCAUUCCACAUCAGUUUGAUGGAGGUCCAGACAAACUAAUCCAAGCAGCUUACCAAGUCAAAUACAACUCAAAAAAAAUGAAAAAGCUUGAAAAGGAAUACACUACAAUAAAAACUAAAGAAAUGGAAGAGCAAGUUGAAAUUAAAAGGUUACGCACAGAGAAUAGACUUCUAAAACAACGCAUUGAAACAUUAGAAAAAGAAAGUGCUUCCUUGGCAGAUAGAUUGAUACAGGGACAAGUGACAAGAGCCCAGGAGGCUGAGGAAAACUACCUCAUAAAACGGGAGUUGGCCACCAUCAAACAGCAGAGUGAUGAGGCCAGUGCUAAGCUGGAGCAAGCUGAAAAUACCAUCAGGAAGCUCCAGCACCAACAACAAUGGCAUAAAUGCGGUUCCAACUACAAUGAAGAUUUUGUGCUACAGCUAGAGAAGGAGUUGGUUGAAGCCCGACUGAGUGAAGCUGAGUCUCAGUGUGCACUAAAGGAGAUGCAGGAUAAAGUCCUGGAUAUAGAGAAGAGGAACAACUCCUUUCCUGAUGAGAAUAACAUUGCAAGGCUUCAGGAAGAACUCAUUGCUGUGAAACUGAGAGAAGCAGAAGCAAUUAUGGGUUUGAAAGAACUUAGACAGCAAGUCAAAGACUUAGAGGAACACUGGCAGCGCCACUUAGCUCGUACUACUGGGAGAUGGAAAGACCCACUUAAGAAAAAUGCUGUGAAUGAGUUACAAGAUGAACUGAUGACCAUUCGACUUAGAGAAGCUGAAACACAAGCAGAAAUAAGAGAAAUAAAACAAAGGAUGAGGGAAAUGGAAACACAGAACCAGAUCAACAGUAACCAUCUUCGAAGAGCAGAACAAGAGGUGAUCAGCCUACAGGAGAAGGUACAAUAUCUUUCUGCACAGAACAAAGGACUACUUACUCAAUUAAGUGAAGCAAAACGCAAACAAGCAGAGAUCCAAUGCAAGAACAAGGAAGAAGUGAUGGCUGUAAGACUCCGGGAAGCAGAUAGCAUAGCUGCUGUGGCUGAACUACAGCAGCACAUUGCUGAGCUUGAAAUCCAGAAAGAAGAAGGAAAGCUUCAAGGACAGCUUAACAAGUCUGAUUCUAACCAGUAUAUUAGGGAACUGAAAGAUCAGAUAGCAGAGCUGAAUCAUGAGCUCAGAUGCCUAAAAGGGCAGAGGGGUUUCUCAGGCCAGCCUCCUUUUGAUGGAAUCCACAUUGUCAACCAUUUAAUAGGAGAUGAUGAAUCAUUCCAUUCCUCCGAUGAAGAUUUUAUAGAUAAUUCCUUACAGGAAAGUGGCAUUGGUUUUCCUUUGCACAGAAAAUCUGGCUCAAUGUCUUUGGACCCCGCUGUGGCAGAUGGUAGUGAGAGUGACACAGAAGACAGUGUGCUGGGGACCAGAGAGAGCGACGGAGUUGUUCAAAAAGAGUGGCCCCCAAGAAGGGAGUCGUACUCAACCACUGUCUGACCAUCACUGUGACCUAGACUGUGGAUUUCUUUAAGGGAUCAGUUAUCAUAUGAUUAGGGAUUUUGGGAAUAUAUCUGUUUCAUAUGUGUGUACAUAUAUAUAUAUUUUAUAAUCUUAUCUGCCUUUUAAUCUUUGCCAAAUCUUCACCACUGACUUACCGUUGCCAUAAAGUAGACUGGAAUAUGGUUAAUGAGUAAAAUAAGAUCCUAACAGUAUUAUUGAAUAUUAAUGUUUCUUGUUUAGAAAAUGCAACUAUAAAUGUGGGAACCAUUCUGAAGUUCAAAACUAUGGAAAAUUAUUUUCUUUAGACAAAACUGCUCUUAUGUAAUAUUUAUGCUCCGUGAACAAAUUGUAUAUUUAUUUUUAUCAAUUUGUGUUCAAGGUGGCUGUCCACAGACAUUUGACCAAGACAUACAUCUUAUUUACCUUGUGUUCUGUGUUUGGGGGAUUUUUUUUUUCCAUGGAAAAUUACUGUUUUAUUAGUGGGCCACUGAAAGUUCCCAGACACAAAACCAUUUUUCUGUGUAAUUUCAUAAACAAAAAUUAAUGGUUAUCUGAUUUUUAGAGUUUUAAGUUUUAUUUUAAUUUUUAAUUUGUGUGUGCAUAUCAUGCUUUCAUGUGUCAGUCACUGGUCAGAGUAGUAGGUUAACUACACAUACAUUGUUCAUUUGUGCAUAUUUGUAACUCUCACCACCCACCACUGAACAUCAUUUUAUAUGAGGACCAUACAUGUUGCAAAAUGACCGCUUUCAGCAUUCUAACAGGACUUCUGUAAAUAAUAAGUUAAAAGUAAAUUGAAAAGUAAAAAUAAAACCAAACACUAAUAUUUUAAGAGCAUUAGCAUUUUGCUUAGCGUUCAACACUAACAGAUUCGUAACUUAAUUGAUGCCUGUUCAAAAACACUAUUGGUGAAAUCUUUUACUUCAUAUGUAUAUAACUAAUGAGUUUUUCAUGGUUAAAGAGGUUAUAGCACAUAUUACUUAGUGCUAAUAUUCUACUUAAUAUAAUUUAAGUAAUGGGCUAAGGUCCAAGAUGCACAGCAGUUAUAUCUACAAAUAAUCUAUGAACAUUAUCUUCAGAUUCUCUAGUUUUAAAUCUACAGAUAAAGCCAUAAGAAUCCUUUCCUACCAGUUUUUCCUUUUUUAUCAUUUAGACUUUUUUUUUCCUAGAAAAUAGAAUACCUGUCAUUGCCUGUCAUAAAUUAGAGGAAACACCCAAAUUAUACUUACACUAUGGAAGGGUGACAGAAACGUGUUGACUGGGUACUUUCCACUCUCAUUUUUGUUAGCAGCCUAUGAAAAAAAUGGCCUUGGAGGAUAAGAGGAAAGCAGAAUUCUGUGUGUGUGGAGGCACAAUUUUGCACAGUAUGUUACAUACAGGAAAAAAAAUGUAUAUGCUAAAAUGGAGUAGAAGAGACAAAGGUAGUUUUCUUUCUAAAACCAGGAGUUAUGCCUCCAGCAAGGCCUUUGUAGCUAUUUGCCUGAGAAAUGAGAUCAAAAACAUGCCUUCUAUGUCUAUCCAUAGCACCAGGCCAAAUUCUAGUCGUUAAGUAAUAUCCUUGUGGUCACAAGCUAGUAAGUAGCAGGGCCAAGAUUUUAAUCCAGAUCUCUCUAACACCAAAGCUUUUGAAAAGGUUUAGCUAGUGAAUUAAUCUCUUAAUUUCCUGCUUUUUUGACAAUGUUAUUUAAAUGAAUUUGAUUUAAAUGUGUUUCCUGAAUAUAAUUACAGAUAGCUAUAGAUAUAUGAAUAUCAACACUGAUAAGCUCUGCACAGUUUAUGAAUGUAGACUCUACUCCUAGAAUUGUCUGGUGCUUUUGGGAUUCUCUUUUGGGGUUCUUUGCUGUCAGGCCAAAGGCUGUCAGUGCCCAAGUGAAGUGGGAUGAUUCGUGGCCACAUUAUUGCUUUGACCCCCAUAUCAAGAAAUCAGAAUGAUUUAAAACAGGGGUCAUGAAACUGCAGCCCAUGAGAUAAUUCUAGUCAGCUGCCUGUUUUUACUUUUUUAAUUAGUG